GAAACAAUAUGCGGCAACUGAUCUUCUUCGCAUUGAUUCCGUUAUUGUCUCAAGGAGAUUAUGUGAAAAAUGGGGCUGAACUUUCUUCGUAUACCGCUCUCGAACUGCGCCAUCCUUGCAAUCUAUCAGUCGACCUCGGUGAUACAAACUGCCAAAACACCUCCUCCAUCAGAUACUUCCUAGACGCAGAAACACUCUCGUGCCUACCCUUCAGAUAUACUGGAUGUGGUGGAAACGAAAAUAACUUCGAUUCACCCAGCAGCUGCCAUUUGAGAUGUAUCCCAAUGGACUAUCAUACCUGUCCAGCCAACAGACCACCAGUGAAAAGGGCAGAUGGCUCGCCAAGCUGUAACGAGGAGAGGAAGUGCCCAGAAGGGUCCAGAUGCCUAAAAGGAUUCGUUGUGGGAUUGUGCUGCGACAUUAAGGAAAUUGGUAAGAUACAAUAUCAAUUUUGUACCACUUUCUAGAA